AUUAUGGGAACCUGGAGGAUCUUUCGUCACGUUCCGUCUGAAAACCCGGAAGGGAGUAAUGAGCGCUCACCUGAGGAGAAGGCUCUCGUGAGACGCCUGGAUACGUUUCUUUUGACGUUCGGGUGUCUAUCUCAAGUUAUCAAAUAUCUCGAUCAGCAAAAUAUUAACAAUGCCUACGUCUCCGGCAUGAUGGAAGAUUUGCAUCUCUAUGGAAACGAGUUAAAUCUAUUCACGACAUACUUCAAUGCAGCUUAUUGCGUCAUGCUCAUUCCGUCCCAGAUCAUAUUGACCUAUGUUCGACCAAGCUUCUGGCUACCCGGAUUAGAAAUUCUCUGGGGUCUAUUCACCGGUCUUAUUGCCAUGGCUACAAGCGCCAAGCAGAUAUAUGUACUUCGAGUCUUCCUUGGCCUUUGCGAGAGCAGUGCCUGGCCAGGCAUGAUGACCUUGCUCAUGUACUGGUAUACGCCAACGGAGCUAGCCAAGCGCAUGGGCUUCUACCACUCCUGCCAAGCAGUUGGACAAAUGAUGUCAGGCGCUUUACAGGCAGCAAUUUCAGACACUCUAGACGGCCACGGUGGACUGGCCGGUUGGCGCUGGCUGUUUGUAAUAAACUCUAUAAUAACAGUCAUAUGGGGCUUUGCCGGGUUCUUCAUGAUCCCAGACCUUCCCAACAAGCCAAACCCCCGAGCAUUCUGGUUCAAGAAAGUUCACGCAGAGCUAUCAAUGGAACGAUUAGCUCGACACGGUCGUGCCGAGCCUAAGAAAAUGAGCUGGGCGGGUGCCAAGCGUGCCUUUUCAGGUUGGGUGAUUUACUUCAUUGCCGUGCUCUAUAUCGCGACGGUCCUGGGAACCUAUGGAUAUGUGUAUUUCUCACUCUUCCUGAAAUCACUCAAGAAUCCAGAUGGCAGCGCAAGAUGGACUGUCACUGAAGUAAACGCCAUCCCGAUUGGAGGGUCAGCCAUCAACGUGGUUUUCGUUUGGAUCUGGGCUCUGCUUUCGGAUUUCCUGCGAACGCGUUGGACUUUGAUUGUUGCGCAAGGCGUUAUUGGGAUUAUCCCGUGCAUAAUCAUGAGUAUCUGGACUUCCCAUCCCGAUGCCGUUCCUCUGUCGGGUGCUUACGCAUCCUAUUUCAUUUCCUACAUUUGUCUCGGGACGGCACCGCUUAUCUUUGCCUGGCUUUCGGAUCUUAUUCCACAGGAUCCUGAGGCCCGUACGCUGAUCGUCGGCGUCUCGGUUGCGGGAUACUAUGCUAUCUCGGCUUGGUCUCAGGUCCUAGUUUGGCCUGCCUCACAGGCACCGUAUUAUAAGUAUGGAUGGCAGUCAGCUCUUGCAUUGCUGGUGCUUGUGAUUCUGAUGACAUGUUUACUUCGCAUCAUUGAUGUAAGAUAUCUUCUGCCAAAGCGCGCGGCAUUUUUCGAUACCCUUGAAGGUCAGGUGGUUGUUCAUGAUAGCGUUUCAGGACCGUCGACUGGUGACCGUGAACAAGCACAGCUGUCAGUAACCGAUAGGAAAACAGCAAAGACUAUAACUUUGGCUGAAUCUUAG